CACAACAAGUUGAGGUUCAUUAAAAUGUGUUAUAAAUCAUUAAAAACGGAAUCACUUUCAAGUAAUCCAAUUACCAUGAAUCGAAUCAUUUGCUUAUAUUCACGAUCAUCGAAAGCUCAUUUCAUUGGAAUUGGUGUAAUCCUCUUAUUAUCAAUUGUGAUUUGUGUGGGUGUUUCAGUGACUCGUCUUACUGGUUCAUCUUCAACACUUUCACCAUCAUUUCAACGAUUUAAAGAAAAAUUGGCCAAAAUCGAUCAUUCAGUUCAAUGGGUAAACUAUAAUACUAUCAAUGUGUCACUGACCGAUGUUUUCAUUGGCGAUCAAGAUGAAAACAAAGAUUUUAUUUACGCGUGCAGAGUCGAUUAUAACAGCGAAAUCAGUGAGGUUAUACCUGGCACUUAUUAUCCAAAGAAACAGAGGUGCCUAUUUUCAUAUGGAGGAAAAACUCUAGAAAAAGAUGAAUUUCAAUUAUUAACAACUAAAGAUCAAAGUGCUUUGAUUUGGAUUAAACGUUCAAAUGAUGAAGUUUAUAAUGGUGCAAUUACUGGCGGUUUAAAUGCUUUUGACGAAGAGCUAUGGAUUGCUCGAGUUAACGUUUUUGGUUACCGUUAUGCGAUUGGAAAAAUUUACAAUCGAUAUAAAUUAGCACAUGUACCAGACGGAUAUGAAGAAUAUGACAGUCAGCAAUACGAUGUUCUGUGUCUCGAAGAUUUUGCUCUCUGAGAAUCUGGUCCACUCAGCUAUUUACUUAUUUACAGUAUUUUGUAGUUUUCUACGAAUAAAUUGAAUUAGAAUCAUUUUCAAGGCUCAUGAGCUAGAAAUUAAUUGAUAGCUCAAAAUGUAUUUCAAUACGACCUAAAGAUUGGACUUGAAGCCCUAUCGAACAAAUUUGACGAUUGUAUUCAAAUAUAUCUAUUGUAGUCAGUUAAAAUUAUCAAGUGAAUUAAAUUGUUGUCAUAGAUCAUCUUUUGCAUGAUAGACUGUUGGUAGCAAUUAAUUAAUCGAAAGUCGGUCAUUAUCUUUAUUUUUUGUAAUAUAAUGAUUAAUAAUAGAUUUUCUCAGAAUUCAUUUAUUAUCUUAACGAUUGAAUGAUGCAGUUAAUUACUUCAACUUUCUCGUGAUGAAUAAUGACAAUUGUUAUUAGGUAAAUAAUGACGUUUGCAAUUAAAAUAACA